AUGGACUUCGAGAGUGAGAGAAUCAACUGUGGGACCCAUGGUUGCCACGACAAGGCGGUGCUGCUCUAUGAAUAUGUGGGGAAGCGGAUCGUGGACUUGCAGCACACGGAAGUACCGGACGCCUAUCGAGGGAGAGGAAUAGCCAAGCACCUCGCGAAGGCAGCCCUGGACUUUGUGGUGGAGGAGGACCUGAAAGCUCACCUGACGUGCUGGUACAUUCAGAAAUACGUCAAGGAGAACCCGCUGCCGCAGUACCUGGAACACUUGCAGCCUUAAGGCAGGACAGCUCUGACACCAGCACGCCUGUCCCUGACUGUUCAACGCGGCCUUUGCUUCUCUGCGGUCUCAGGAAACCCCCCUCCCACACUCACAAUUCCCACUUUUUUAAGUACGUCCAUGUGAUGCAUGAGUGUGGGCACGACCUCCUCCUCUCUGCCCACGUGUGAGCAUGGCUACAGCCCCUGGGCCAGGCUGGCUCCGGGCACACGUGGUGCCCCCCGGUGCUCUUCUUC